AUGGACGAUUACAUGCAGAAGGGUUACGUUCGCAAAUUGUCUCCAGAGGAAUUACGAGAACCCAAGGAUCGCAUAUGGUACUUGCCAAUAUUCCCUGUAUUCAACCCGAACAAGCCAAACAAAGUUCGGAUCGUUUGGGAUGCAGCGGCGACUGUGGGUGGAGUCUCCUUCAACUCUGUCCUCAUGAAAGGACCAGAUCUUCUGACAGCGUUGCCGUUUGUGCUGUACAGAUUCCGGGAGCGGCCGAUUGCAGUUUCUGGGGACAUCGCUGAGAUGUUCCUCCGUAUGCUGAUGAACCCACUUGACCAGCACUGUCAACGGAUUUUCUGGUGCAACCGGGAUGGUACGACUGGCGAAUACGUCGUUACGGUGAUGACGUUUGGCGCUAAGUGCUCACCGAGCUGCGCCCAGUUCAUUAUCAACGAAAACGCAGCACGAUUCGCAGUACAGUUUCCAGAGGCUGUUGAAAUCAUCAAGAAAGGCCACUACGUCGACGACAUGUUGGUAAGCGUCGACACCGAAGAAGAAGCAAUAAAGCUAGCGAAGGAUAUCCAUUACAUCCAUCUACAGGGCGGGUUCACCAUGAGGAACUGGAUUUCAAAUUCUCCAUCAGUUGUGCAAGCGCUAGGUGAAACUGGAACAGCUGAGAAAAGUUUGGACGUGAACAACGAAGCAGUACUGGAGAAGGUCCUCGGAAUGUGGUGGGACACCAAGACGGAUACCUUUCGGUACAAACUUUCCACUGAACGGAACCAAGAGCUUAUUUCUGGCCUCAAACAUCCCACGAAACGAGACGUACUACGCGUAAUGAUGUCGGUGUACGACCCUCUCGGCUUGAUAUCCCACUACAUGGUAUACUUGAAAUUGCUGUUCCAAGAGAUUUGGAGAGAGGGAUCUUCAUGGGAUGACGAAAUCGGCGUGAGGCAGUUGAUGAAGUGGAAGAACUGGCUGCAACUUCUACCGGAAGCGGAAUCGAUAGCCGGAGAUUUUCUGCGUCCGGAAAACUAUUCCAAUUUGAGCCACCUACAGCGACUUACCGCUCUCGUGCAGCGAUUUCCUGUCAAUCUUCAGCGGAAACUGAAGGGUGAGAAACUUCUUCGAGGACCACUGACCAGCGAAGAACUGCUAGCGGCGGACAAUUAUCUGUAUAAGCGCGCUCAAUGGGCAUGUUACCAGGAUGAGAUGGCGACAUUGUCCGCAGGUAAGCCAAAUUUACCCAAAACUAGUUCUUUGUUCAAGGUCAGCCCGUUUAUUGAUAAUGCGGGCGUGAUGCGCAUACGUAGUCGUAUCGACGUUUGCGAUUUUGCUGACGAAAAGACGCAGUUCCCGAUUGUACUACCACGUCGUAACCCGCUCACAAAUUUAGUGCUUCAGAACGUCCACGAAAAGUACCACCACCAGUGCAACGAAACCUUCGUUAACGAAGCUCGGAAGAAGUUCAACAUUCCAAGAGUCACCGUUGGGCGGCGGUCCGAGAAACGUUAUGGAGUGUUAGUUACUUGCUUGACUACACGGGCGAUCCAUAUCGAGAUAGCCCACUCUCUCUCAACGGACUCGUGCAUAAUGGCCCUACGCAAUUGCUUCUCCAGACGGGGAACUCCACUGCAAAUAAUAAGCGACCGAGGGACCAACUUCGUGGGCGCAUCAAAGGAACUCAUGGAGGCAUUAGCGAACGUCGACAAUAACAAAAUAAUGGCUGAGUUCACUACGGCGUCUACUUCGUGGAGCUUCAACCCACCUGCGUCGCCACAUAUGGGUGGCAUAUGGGAGAGGAUGAUACAGACGGUCAAAAAGGUUCUAGCCGAAAUCAAACCGAAACGUUUACCAACCGACGAAGUCCUAAAGAACCUGAUGGCUGAAAUAGAAAACGUUGUAAACAGCAGACCAUUGACUCAUGUUCCUGUCGACGAUGAAUCGUCUCCCGCAUUGACACCGAACCACUUUUUAGUUGGAUCAUCGAAUGGUUCUGUGGUGGCGCUAAUUAAUCAGUCACCCUAUCAUCUGGCUACCCUGUGA